GUUGGAAGCAUGUUGGAUGCACACACAUUGAGAAUUAUGAUUAAUAUAUUUUUUUCUGUCUUUACAUAUUGUGAGUGCUCAAUGUAUGCAUUGAGGUUUGAGGGUACUUUUCUGUAACCAUAUGAAGAUAGAAGAAAUUGGAUCUCCAAAAAACUGUUUGAAUCUGAUAUAAAGACUCUUCAGAACUUCAGUUUCAGGUUGUGGACUGCCUAGUUGUUUUUGACAUUUGUGCAAAUCUUUCAGAUGGAAGAACUGAUGAAGAACCAGAUGUUUGCUACACAUGCAGUUGCUGCUGCAGGUUCAGUCACAUUGGGCACUGCCCUCACUUACCCUCUUGAUACUAUCAAAGUCCUUAUACAGGUAGGGUCAGUUUCUAAUAAACAGCUGACUACAGCUCAGGUUCUUGAUAGAGUUAAAACUUUAUCAGGACAUGCAGGUUUGUACAGUGGUUUUGGGUGGUUAAUGUUGGGAAGGAUUUUAGGUGCUGGUGCUCGCUUUGGUACUUAUGAAAUUUUGACAACUUUUUAUAAAGGUAUAUUCUUCAUUCUAUGUGCAGUUAGAAGUUAUUGUGUUUGUUCUUAAUCUGUUUCGUUAGAUGAGCAAACCUAGGGGAAAAAUUAGGAGGAAAGGUUCUAAACUGAAAUGACAGG